GCUCCAGUAGGCCGCCGCCGUCGCCGCCGCGAGCCACGGUAACGGUGCCUCUCUCCGCGGCGCGUCCGUCCCACUCGGCAGCGGCGGCGGCUGGUGAGCGGCUGGAGCUCGGUGUGCCGUUUGUGUGUUUGUGGUGCGGUGUUUGUGUUUGUUUUGAGGUAGGAGGAGUGAUGAAGGGCUGAAGUAGUGCGCUGGAGACUCGGGAGAGGCUGCUGACUGCUGAGUGUUCUGGUGCCGGCGAAAGUACGGAAAGUAUCGGAGCCCUGUCAUCGCUUAUCUGUUCUACUUCGGCAAAACUACGAAAAGUUCAGAAGCCUGAAGUCAACAGAAGCGCCUGUGAUUUAGUUCAUCAGCCUACAGAACUGUAGGCCAAGAAACUGACCUCCGCGUAUUCAUCUAACCCUACCGCGGACUCGGGUCAGAGCUCGAACCAUGGAGGAUCACGACGAGCCGGGAGUGAUGAUCACGACAGGUGUGGAGGCUCUGUCCAUCAUAGCCAACAAGCAGAAGACCAAGACGUUCCUGGAGACGCGUAUUCAGGCGGAGCUCCUCUCGGCGGCGGACAGCAGCUCCUGUACCAGCGGCGGCGGAGGCACCUGCGACACCAGCUCGUCGCCCAGUUCGCGGCACAGCUCACGGCGCAGCUCGGCGCACAGCUCGCCCGUCUGCUCCUCGCGCGCGGCCGCCCACGGCUCCCGCAUGUCGGCUCCGGCCGCUCCGGGCGCCGGCUCCGACCCGGCGCCGGCCGGCUGGAGGCGCCGCUCCGUGGAGGGCGUCUCGCCCGAGACCCGGAUCGCUCGGGAGAUCCGCGAGCAGCGCAGCCGCGAGGAGGAGCUGCGCCGUGCGCGCGCCGCCGCCGGCCCGCUGAGCAGCCCGGCGCCGGCCGACGAGCCGCUCUCCGGAUACGGCAGCGAGGAGAAGGAUAGUCUCACCGAGGAGGGCGACAGUCCGUCUCGCGGCCGCCCCCUGAGCCGCUCUCAGGAGAGCCUCAGCUCCGGUCACAGCUCGGGCCUGGGCUCGGAGCACGCCGCCGAGCUGGCCGCCCGCCGCCGGGUCACCGUCCGGCCCUUCGAGGAGCACGGCGAUGAGGAGCACUGGUCGUUCGCCAGCAGGUCGACGGAGACACCGAUCGAGCGUGAAAUCCGCCUGGCCAAGGAGAGGGAGGAAGAGACCAGGAGAGAGCAGGCUCUGCGAGCGGCCAAACCGACCAAAGAGACCAGCUCCCGCACUCAUGAGUCGGGCCAGCCUCCCUCGGUGAGCACUGCGGGCACGAGCCGCCGUCCGGCGCCCUCGCCUUCUGACGACCACCGGCAGGCGGCGCUGAGACUGGCCACCGGCCGCGUCCAGCAUGAGAUUGAGGAGGCCACCCGGCGCGAGCUCGAGCUCCGUGGAGAGGGACACCUCAUCACCACCAGCGAGGAGACCGUCGAUGAAAAGGUCACCCGUCUCGGCGACAUGACCGAGCUGUCCAGACAGGUGCGCCAGCAGUGGAACGACCCCGACCCGCGGCCCACUCCGCCCGCCGCCCGGCCCGCUCUCCGGCCCGGCAAACGCCCCGCCAACCCGCGACCGGUCACUGCGCCUGUGGCCACCCCGAUCACCGCCCCAGCCCCCGCGGCCGCCCCCGCCCUGAGCACCUUCCGCCCCGCCUCUACCGGCCCCGCCGCCGCCCCCGCCAUGAGCACAUUCCGCCCCGCCUCCACCGGCUCCGGGCGCGGUCUGAUGGCCAAGUUCAUCUCCUCUCGCGGUCGUCUGCGGUCGGCCGGCGCGUUCGCCGCUCCGGCGCCGCAGUCGCCGCAGUCGCCGGUGGCCCGCGCCGCGCCCGACAGUCCUGUGGAGCCGCGCCGCGCCGGUGCCGUGGCGGUCGGUGGCGCCGUGCGCCGUGGCCCGCGGUCGGGGCAGGCGCCUGUGCAGCGCCGCCUCCAGACCAGCUGGUCACUGGACAACCCGGCCGUCUCGUCCGGAACGCACGGAGCGGAACGGCGGGCUUCCAGUGGCGUGGUCGGCCGGCGCCUGCUCACCGCCGAGGAGAAGAUCCAGCUCGAGCUGAAGGUCAUGAAGGAACGCGAGGAGGAACUGCGCCGGGAGCGGAGCUGGGCGCUGGCGCGGUCCCAGCCGGACCUGCUGGCCGCCCUGGGCGACUCGGAGGCAGAGGAGGAGGACGUGCCACCGCCGGCGCCGCUCUCCAGAACCAUGUCCAACCCCAACCUGCUGGACGACGAGCAGCUGCCGGGCAGCAUGUCCACCGGGAGGCGGCGCAGCGGGCUAAUCGACCAGUGGGAGAGCAGGAUACAGGGAACCAAGACGUGAGGCACCGGCCGCCGACGGAUGCACCGCGCAGGAACGCGAGACAGGGGACUGGAACUGCGACGAACAGCGGAGCCUGGUGCUGACUGCUGCUGGUGCUGACUAACUAGUGCUGGUGCCGGAGAUUUAGCGGCCGCCUUGAACUGAAAACAUUACCGAUGACAGGGCAGGGCCCGACAGUGACCAAUGCCAGACCGCAUAGGUGACAGUCUAGCGGACUCCGUGUCACCGAAUCGAAUGGCCAUCCAUAGAUAACCGGCGCCUCCGCAUAAUCCCGGUGGAAAUACCAAGUGAUGUAUUCUAUAAAACACUGCUUAUUUCUCAUCGGUGAUGUAGCUUUUGUUGAUUCUGUUUCCGCGGCCGGCGGCUGGAGCGUCCGCUGGGUUUCGGCCGGGCGGGCUGACUGGACCGUCACGGCCUGUCGCUGGGGUAAUGCAGAACAUGUGAUAGUCGCCAGUGAGGAGGAACGUCGCCGGGGGGCGGGUGGGUCGAGUGAGCUCAAUGCGGCCGGCGGGCCAGGGCUCGGGCCGACGCGGAGUAUAUCUGUGUAGCUUUAGACGCCGCGCUAGCCCUGUGUUACUCUAACAGAGCUGGGAGGGUGCGGCACACUGCCGCGGCUCGAGCACGAGUUACGAGUGGGUGAUGAGUGACAGCGAGUGAGGAGUGACUGUACUGGUCCCGUCCGUUGAAUAUAUUCAAUACGAUA